UCCUUUCGAACGUGGCAGCACAUGACUGGCCGGAUCCACCUUCCUCUGGUCCCAUUCAGUGACUCCUGUAACCUGAUUGGGGCCCAAAGAUCGGACGUGUCCCCACCUUCGAACAUUCAAUAUACGGCCCUGAUUGAUUGAUGUUUUGACACACCCAUGCACUUAGAAGCACCGGAGUCGUCAAUAGAGCAUUUUGGGUCAUAAAAUAUUGGAUUAAUAGCGCUUACUGUUGUUUAAAGUAAGCGCUAACCAGAAGACGUCUCAAUUCCCUUACAAUAAUAUGUACGGAAUUUGACACAGAGAGAGAGAGAGAGAGGGAGAGAGAGAGAUGGGAAGGGCAUUUGUGUAUGUGAUUCUGGGGGGAGGGGUGGCAGCUGGGUAUGCAGCGCUUGAAUUCACAAAGAGGGGGGUCUCUCAGGGUGAACUCUGCAUAAUCUCUGAAGAAUCAGUUGCGCCUUAUGAGAGACCUGCAUUAAGCAAAGGAUUUUUACUUCCUGAAGCUCGUUCACCCCUUUCAUCAUUUCAUACAUGCGUUGGUGAUAAUGAGGAAAGGCUAACCCUUAAGUGGUAUAAGGAACACGGAAUUGAAUUAGUUCUUGGAACUCGAAUCAAGUCGGCCGAUGUAAGGCGUAAGACAUUAUUAACAGCUGCUGGGGAGACUAUAAGUUACAAGAUUCUCAUCAUUGCUACAGGUGCUCGGGCUUUGAAGCUUGAAGAAUUUGGAGUGAGUGGAUCAGAUGCUGAAAAUGUGUGCUAUCUACGAGAUUACAAUGACGCAAAUAGGAUUUUAAACUUGAUGCAAUCCUGUGCUGGUGGGAAUGCUGUUGUCAUUGGUGGUGGCUACAUUGGAAUGGAGUGUGCUGCAUCUUUGGUGAUUAAUAAAAUAAAUGUAACCAUGGUUUUCCCAGAAGCACAUUGCAUGGCUCGUUUGUUUACUCCCAAGAUUGCAAGUUAUUAUGAAGAUUAUUACAAGUCCAAAGGAGUACAAUUCAUUAAAGGAACUGUUUUGUCAUCAUUUGAUAUUGACUCCAAUGGGAAGGUCACUGCCGUUAAUCUUAGAGAUGGAAGUCAGCUACCUGCAGACAUGGUGGUUGUGGGUAUAGGAAUCCGUCCAAACACAAGCUUGUUUGAAGGCCAACUAACUUUGGAUAAGGGUGGGAUCAAAGUGAAUGGAAAGUUGCAGUCGAGCAACAGCUCAGUCUAUGCUGUUGGUGAUGUUGCAGCAUUUCCAGUUAAACUAUUUGGUGAAACUCGCAGGCUUGAACACGUGGACUCAGCUCGAAAGACUGCAAGACAUGCUGUUGCUGCAAUAAUGGAACAUGAAAAAACGGGUGAAUUUGACUACUUACCUUUCUUUUACUCCAGAAUCUUCACAAUGUCUUGGCAGUUUUAUGGGGACAACUCGGGGGAAGUAGUCCAUUUUGGGGAUUUCUCAGGAAGUACAUUUGGGGCUUACUGGGUAAGCAAAGGUCACCUCGUUGGAUCUUUCCUUGAAGGUGGAACCAAAGAAGAGUACAACGCUCUAGCCAAGGCCACCAGGCUCAAGCCCGCGAUUGAAGACCUGGCUGAGAUGGAAAGGCAGGGUUUGAGCUUUGCAUUGACGGUUAGUCAGAAACCGCUGCCGUUGCCGCCUGUCGAUGUUAGCGGUUCUGGUGUUGUUCUGGGAAGACCAAUUUAUGCUUUCCAUGCAGCUGCUGGUGUUAUUGUGGCUUCUUCAAUAGCUGCAUUUGCAUACUGGUAUGGGAGGCGGCGCAGAAGGUGGUAAACAAACUGUUUUGGUUGUGGUGACAGCUGAAAGGCUAUUGGUGUUGCUCAUUACAAUCUGUGUAACCGCGUUAUAGCAUUCAUAGGGCUAGGAGAUUUUUAGUACUUGAUCGUAGCUGAUCAUUGUUGUUCCACAAUAUUAUUUAAUACAAAAUUACAUAAUCUUUAUAGAAAAUUGGUAGUUUCUCUGAUA